CACCACCUGGCUAUCAAAGAGUCAUCUCGGCCGCCGCAGAGAAACACGCUAGAGAAGGGAUGGUUAUAUCGACGAUACUGAAUUUCAUAUACCCGCCGCCUCCGUCGCUGUUCACGACGGCCAUGUCGGUGGUGACCGCGGCCUCGCUGGCGAAUGCGGGCUUGUCGGAGGUGAGAGGAGUUCACCUGCAGUACUCCAAGUUCACCCUCGCUGCCAACAAGAAAGUCCCGAGCAGGACCGGGAUGUUGGUCCUCUACUCGCCAGCUUUCCUCGCAGGCCUCGCUUCCUUCGCGGUCUUCCCCGGCGGGGGCCUCAGGUUUCUGGUCCUCCGAUCGGCCAUCUCCCUCCAUUUCUUCAAGAGAAUCCUCGAGGUCUUGUUUGUUCACAAGUUUAGUGGAGGAAUGGGUGUGGACUCCAUGGUGCUCAUCUCUUUCAGCUACUUCCUCUCAACCGCGACAUUGAUCUACUCCCAGCACCUGUCCCAGGGUCUUCCCAACCCACCGGUCGACCUGGUUUAUCCGGGAAUAGCGCUAUUCCUGGUCGGGAUGGCUGGCAACUUGUACCACCAUAUACUCCUCUCCAGGCUUAGGCAGGAGGGCGACGGAGAGUACAGGAUCCCCACGGGUGGUCUGUUUGGCCGGGUCAUUUGCCCGCACUACUUCUUUGAAGCCAUAGAAUUUGUGGGGAUUUCGUUCAUUGCCCAGACGGUUUAUUCUUGCUCCUGGACUCUGGGCGUACUUUUCUACUUCCUGGGCAGGAGUCAUGUCACCAGGAGGUGGUACACUUCCAAGUUUGAGGAUUUUCCUGAAGAUGUCAAGGCUCUUAUUCCAUACAUUUUCUGAACUGGUGAGAGUGGUGAUUGGAAGGAAACUGAUCCAGUGGAUUUCCGUUUGCAGCAAGAGUCAUGCGCAUUACGCAAGCUUACACCUGAUGUUUCAUUCUGAGUAAGAUUGACACAUAAUGAAUUUUGGAGUUGCUAGGGAUAUUGAUAUGACAUCUUGCACCUUAUUAAGAAUCUACUCAAUUACUGAAAAAGUUUA